AUAUUUCUUCCCAAUAGAGGGAAAAAAUAAAUAAAGAACGGGUAGGCAGGCACGUUCAAUCGUGCACGCCGCAUUCGUUAAUUCACAAUUUUUCGGUUUUGCAUUUUCUACGGUUUCUGGUUAAGCAGGCUUUAGCUGAGGAAGCCAAAAAAAGAGGUACGUAUCUCUACGCGUUUUCAGGAUCAUUGCUGAGCCUUCCCCCACGCUAUUAAGUCGUUUUUCUCUCAAAAUUUGAGCUGGGUUUUGCCGUAUUGGUUCUUUCCCCCCUUUACACACAGGCGUCUGCUGAAAAUCCUGGUUUCGGCGGUGGUUUGUUGUAAAGCAAAGCUUUGGUUAAAGAUAUUGUGGAAACAUUUACUGCUUGAAGUUCUGUAAUUUGAAAAUUUAGACUAGAUAUUGGGUCUCUUCUGAGUUUUGUUCUGUGUAUCUCUUUCCUGCGUGAUGGCUGAGGACAGUGUCCAUUUACCAGUGACCCCAGAAAGAAGCAAGCCAAAUGUCAACAAUUUGAAGAGAAGUUCUACGGGAAAAGUAAGUUCUUCAACUCCUGAAGAAAGUGUUCUUCCUCAUUAUCUCAGGGCGUCAACUGGUUCCUGUCAUGAUCUUUGUAAGUAUGGGAGAGGACAUGCACUUGAAGCAAAGGCUAGACGUCCCAUCCUGAAAAGAGUUAUUAAAAAAGCAUGUGACAGUGGAAGUGCAGCAGUGAGUGUAGAUGUGCCAAGGAGAAAGGAGACACCAGUGGUCAAGCUCAAACCUUCACCCGUGUCCAAAUCCCGUGCAUCUCAUAUCCCUCAAACCGUUAAGCAGGAAGUGUCAAUACAACCAUCUGACAGAAAAAGUCCUGUGGAAAAUAAAGUUCUGGCCGAAAGGAAAAAGAAACCUGGGGUCAUGCUUAAAUCUUCACCCUAUUCAAAAACCCACACAUCUGAUACACCCAAAGCCAUGAAGCAGGAAGUGCCAUCUGCUGAAAAAGUGAGAAUUUCUGCGAAAAAAGUUUCAUUGAAGGCUAAAGAUUUGGACUUGUCUGCGAAGCGUGCUGCUUCUUUGAAUCCAAAAUCUUUGAAAGUGGAGCCAAGAUCUUUUCCUAAUUCUACAGUAGGUAAAAGUGGCCUAAGAAAGAGUGAUGUCAAGACGGGCAGGACGUCAGGGACCUCUAAAGUAGCUGCAAAUAAGGUCGUGGCUCAUCCAGCAGCUUCAUUGUCUUCAAAGUCUUCUGUCAAUAGAGUUGCAAAUGUAAAUGGAAGAAAGCAUGGGGACUUGAAAACUGUGUCUCCUCACAUGAACAAAGACAAGAUCAGAAAAGCUGAACCUAGGGAACCCAGCGACAACAAGGUUCAGGAGAAAACCCUGUAUGUCAUUAAGAUGGAAACAGAGAAUAGGCCUCUGGAAUCUGACCAAAAUGAAAGUUGUGUGAUCAAAUUAUCGCCUGCUUUAUUGUCAUCACCAAAGUCUUCAUCCCCCCCAUAUGCUCAGUCUUCUUCAUCAUAUGAAGAAGAAUGUCAAGAGGAAUCUGAAAAUAUAACAAGUGAAGCAGAAGAUGACUCACCCUCAGAAAACAAUGGAGUUGAGAGCAUAGAAGAAGCAGACACUGUGGAAAAAGGAUUCACUGGCAAGUCCAGAAAGGCUGGAGUGGUUCGUUCUGAAGAUAAAAAGGGCCAAUUGUCGAAAUUGAAGUUCAGGAGAGGGAAGGUAGUUGAUAGUCAGUCUUUGACCGACGGUCCAAGGAGGCUCAAAUUUAGGCAAGGAAAAGUGUUGGGGGAGAACCAUAAUGUCAAGGUCACUUCCCGAAGAAGAAGCUUUAAGAGGACGGAAAUUGAUGGUGAUAAAAAUGGCACCGAACCUAGCCCCCAAAAAGUUGUUUUGAGACAUCAAGAUGUGCAGGGAAAGAGAGACGCACAGGGUUUGUUUAAUAAUGUCAUUGAAGCAACGGCAAGUAAACUUGUUGAAACCCGGAAGAGCAAGGUUAAGGCAUUGGUAGGUGCUUUUGAAACCGUGAUCUCCCUCCAAGAGAAAAAUCCUUCAUAAAUACUGUCACUUGAAUUUUUUCUCUUUUUUAAAACCCCCCUUGCAUUUGCAUUAAAAAUCCUUCAGUUUUUAUAAAGAAUUAUACGAAAAUAAGUCUAAGCUUUUAAAGCAGAACCGAGUUAACAAGAUAUGGAGCUGCAACAGCUUAAUAGUGGAUUGCUACAGUUGACAUUAGAAGGCCUGUGUAUAGAGUUGAAUGGACAGUCUUUGUUGUGUACUGAGUCGUGUGGUGUUCUGUUCUUAACAUGCUUCAUCUACAUUUCUGAAGGGUCCUGUGAUUGUUGCUUUUCUUCAACGGAUUCCAUAUCUAAUGUGAUCGAUUUGUAUAUUGUGAAUAAAAAACAAAGCAUACUCUCGACUUUAUUAUA